GAGGACAGUGACCCUCCAGUGAAUGAAAGUUUAAGCAUAGAAAACACCCUAUGGGCCAGCACAGUGAUUGCAUCAGGUACUGUUGUGGGAGUUGUCCUCUACACUGGAAGGGAACUGCGCAGUGUGAUGAAUACUUCAAACCCAAGAAGUAAGAUUGGUCUUUUUGAUUUGGAAGUGAACUGUCUUACCAAGAUCCUAUUUGGAGCUCUUGUGGUGGUCUCACUUGUCAUGGUGGCCCUUCAGCAUUUCGCUGGCCGUUGGUAUCUUCAGAUCAUCAGAUUUCUCCUUCUGUUUUCAAACAUCAUUCCCAUUAGUUUACGUGUGAAUCUGGACAUGGGGAAAAUUGUCUACAGCUGGGUGAUCCGCAGAGAUUCCAAAAUCCCUGGGACUGUGGUUCGGUCCAGCACCAUUCCUGAGCAGCUGGGGAGGAUAUCCUAUCUGCUUACUGACAAAACAGGAACUCUUACACAGAAUGAGAUGGUCUUCAAGCGACUUCACCUGGGAACGGUAGCUUAUGGUCUGGACUCCAUGGAUGAAGUGCAGAGUCAUAUAUUCAGUAUAUACACACAGCAAUCUCAGGACACACCUGCUGUGAAGGGCCUCACCUUAGCCACGAAGGUGCGCAAGAGCAUGAGCAGCCGUGUACACGAGGCUGUGAAGGCGAUCGCCCUCUGCCACAACGUCACCCCAGUGUACGAGUCCAACGGCGUGACCGACCAGGCUGAGGCCGAGAGACACUAUGAGGACUCCUGCAGAGUGUACCAGGCCUCCAGUCCUGAUGAGGUGGCCCUGGUACAGUGGACCGAGAGCGUGGGCUUAACGCUGGUGGGCAGAGACCAGUCCUCCGUGCAGCUGAGGACACCGGGUGGCCACAUCCUGAACUUCACCAUCCUCCAGAUCUUCCCCUUCACUUACGAGAGCAAGCGCAUGGGGAUAAUCGUUCGGGAUGAAUCAACAGGAGAGAUCACCUUCUACAUGAAGGGGGCUGAUGUGGUGAUGGCUGGGAUUGUGCAGUACAACGACUGGCUGGAAGAGGAGUGUGGUAACAUGGCUCGCGAGGGCCUGAGGGUCCUUGUUGUAGCCAAGAAAUCUCUUACAGAAGAGCAGUAUCAAGACUUUGAAGCACGCUACGUCCAGGCCAAGCUGAGUGUGCACGACCGCUCCCUGAAGGUAGCCACAGUUAUUGAGAGCCUGGAAAUGGAGAUGGAGCUGCUGUGUCUCACCGGCGUGGAGGAUCAGCUGCAGACAGACGUCAGACCCACUCUGGAGACGCUGAGAAAUGCUGGCAUUAAGGUGUGGAUGCUGACAGGGGAUAAGUUAGAGACAGCCACGUGUACAGCCAAGAAUGCGCAUUUGGUGACACGGACACAGGACAUCCAUAUAUUCAGACUAGUGACUAACCGUGGAGAAGCCCACCUAGAGCUGAACGCCUUCCGCCGGAAACACGACUGUGCCCUUGUUAUUUCUGGUGACUCCCUGGAGGUGUGUCUAAAAUACUAUGAGUAUGAGUUCAUGGAGCUGGCUUGCCAGUGCCCUGCUGUUGUGUGCUGCAGAUGUGCUCCAACACAGAAGGCCCAGAUCGUGCGAUUGCUCCAGGAAAGGACUGGCAAACUCACCUGUGCAGUAGGUGAUGGAGGGAAUGACGUUAGCAUGAUUCAGGAAGCUGACUGUGGUGUUGGAGUUGAAGGAAAGGAAGGAAAACAGGCAUCACUUGCAGCUGAUUUCUCUAUCACUCAGUUUAAACAUUUGGGUCGUUUACUAAUGGUGCAUGGAAGGAACAGUUACAAACGAUCUGCAGCUCUCAGUCAGUUUGUAAUCCACAGGAGCCUGUGCAUCAGUACAAUGCAGGCUGUUUUCUCAUCAGUAUUUUACUUUGCUUCAGUUCCUCUCUACCAAGGCUUUCUCAUCAUUGGGUACUCCACAAUUUACACAAUGUUUCCAGUGUUUUCUCUAGUCCUGGACAAGGAUGUUAAAUCUGAAGUUGCAAUGUUGUACCCAGAGCUCUACAAAGAUCUUCUUAAGGGACGACCGUUAUCAUACAAAACAUUUUUAAUAUGGGUCUUAAUAAGCAUCUAUCAAGGUAGCAUCAUCAUGUAUGGAGCACUCCUCCUCUUUGAAUCUGAAUUUGUCCACAUUGUUGCCAUUUCCUUCACGUCCUUGAUUCUCACUGAGUUACUGAUGGUGGCAUUAACUAUCCAGACAUGGCACUGGCUCAUGAUAGUGGCUGAGCUGCUGAGUCUCUCCUGCUACAUAGCUUCUCUGGUCUUCUUACAUGAGUUUAUUGAUGUUUACUUCAUUGCAACUCUGUCAUUUUUGUGGAAGGUUACCGUCAUCACUCUGGUGAGCUGCCUUCCCCUCUACGUCCUGAAGUACCUGAGACGAAGAUUUUCUCCCCCAAGCUAUUCGAAGCUCACGUCGUAG